CAUUCCCAGUAUUCCCAUCAUUCCUGCCAUUCCCGCUGUUGCCCCAGUCCUGCCAUUCCCACCACCCCCACUGUUUCCCACCCACUCCCGCCAUUCCUGCCGUUCCCGAGGAUUCGGGAAUUCAGGAUUCCUAUCCCCGCAGGCUCCUCCACCGUGGACCUGCUGAUUUACCAGGCCCUGUGCUACACCCACGACGAGCUGCACGCUGUGGACGUCGAGGAUUUCCUGCUCAAAAUCUGCGGCCUGGAGGAAUUCCUGCAGAACAAACACACGCUGGGCAGCCACGAGCACAUCCAGCACUGCAGGAAAUUCGACAUCGACAUCCGGCUGCAGCUGCUGCGGAGGAAGGCAGCGCGCAGCGAGCUGGCCCGCACGGCCAGCGAUGACCAGAGCCCUUCCACCCUCAACCACCACAUCCACCUGCAGGAGCGGCCCCUCAAACAGACCAUCAGCAGGCAGGCCCUGAGCCUCCUCUUUGACACCUUCCACAAUGAGGUGGACGCGUUCCUGGCGGCCGAGGGAGAAUUCCCGCUGAAAGCCGAGCGGGUGAUCCAGUCGGUCAUGGCCAUCUGCAAUGCCCUGGCGGCCGUGGAAUCCCAGGAAAUCACCGCCGCCCUCAACCAGAUGCCGCCCUGCCCGUCCCGCAUGCAGCCCAAAAUCCAGAAGGAUCCAAAUGUUCUGGCCAAGAGAGAAAAUCGAGGUAUUUCUUCUUUCUCUUCUCCUGCUCCCCUUUCUGGGCUCAAGUUCGUGGCGCUUUUCAUCUCCAACCCCUCCUCCUCCUCCUGCUCCUUCAACUCUCCGGGCCAAAAAACGGGUUGGAAACCGGUCUGGUUAAAAAAAAAGGAGGAUUUUGGGGGGUGUUGUUGCUCCUUGUGCGUUCCAGAUGGGAAACCUGGAAUUCCCCUUCCUCCAAACGGGAAGUUUGGAAUUCCCGCUGUCAUUAAUUCAUCCCUGGGUCGGCGGGAAGCAGCGCGGGGGUCCCAAAUCCAGAUUUGAGGGAUGGAUCCCUGAGGGAUCUAUGGAUCCCUGCCCAUGUUUCCCUGAGGGAUCUAUGGAUCCCUGAGGGAUCUAUGGAUCCCUGCCCAUGUUUCCCUGAGGGAU